AUGACAGUCGACGCCCAAGUGCAACAACUCUUCAUCGACUUCUCCGGCCUCCCUCCCCCAGGCACCCCCCCACACCCAGGCACCCCCCCACCGCCCACCCCCUACGACACCCUCAUCACCGCCUGCCACGACAGCCCCCCCCUCAUCCAACACGCCUACGAGACGCACCGCACCACGCGCAACGCGCACCAGGGCGCGCAGCUCCUCUCCCCGUCCUUCACGGGAAUGAGCGUCGACCCGAUCCUGCAGGAGCUCGUGUACGCGGCCGGCACCCACCGCAUCCCGGAGCUCGAGGCGGCCGCGAGGGAGAAGCGGCGGCCGGACGAGAUCGAUACGCGCAAUUGCCUCACGUUCUGGGCAAGGCCGACGGCGCAGGUGAGGGAGAUGAUUGGGGAGGUGCAGGCGAGGAUCAGGAAGCUGUGUGAUGCUCUGUUUGUUACAGACAUCUGGCUCAUGCCCCUCGACAACCUCCACCUCACCGUCCUCGAAAUCGCCCACUCCCGCACACGCCCCGAAAUCGACGCCAUCACCGCCCUCCUCCGGCCCACACUCCAACAGACCGUGAACCUCCCGCUCUCACCCAAGCACCGCGCGGUCCUCAUCCGCCCACUCCUCUCCUUCGACAGCGCCGCGCUCGCAAUCUCGUUCCCGCCGUGGACAGCGGGGUGGCCAUCGGCUCGCGGUACACCGUGCCGUCGGCGCAUGUGA